UCUCCCAUAGUGCCACGUUAUGAUAUACAUGAAAAAUGGAGGAUCGUAUUAUGGAUAUCAUAUAUUGCAUUGUAGAUGUCGUCGGGGUUACAAAAUACGAAAGCGACUCGCUAUUCGCUAACCGACCGAGCGGGCGGGCGGGCGGCGGCGUCUUCUCUGUUUCCCGCUCGGACAUUGAUGCAAACAGUUGGUGUGCACGGUUGUCGUGCUUAUUAAGCGAUUUUGCAAAGUGAAAUGCACAAAUUGAGUUACUCAUUCACAGUCUCAUAGUGAGAGAGAGAGAGAGAGAGUGUGAGAAUGAAGUACGUUCUGGUCACAGGAGGCGUCGUCAGUGGGCUCGGCAAGGGAGUCACUGCGAGCAGUAUUGGUGUCGUUCUCAAAGCUUGUGGUCUUCGUGUUACCUCCAUCAAGAUCGAUCCUUACUUGAAUACGGAUGCCGGCACCAUGUCGCCGUUUGAACAUGGAGAGGUGUUUGUUCUUGAUGAUGGUGGAGAGGUUGAUCUGGAUCUUGGAAAUUAUGAGCGCUUCUUAGAUGUGACCCUUACAAGAGACAAUAACAUUACCACGGGAAAAAUUUAUCAGUCUGUCCUUGAGAAGGAAAGAAGAGGCGAUUAUCUAGGGAAAACUGUUCAGGUGGUUCCACAUAUCACAGAUGCCAUAAAGAACUGGAUUGAAUCUGUGUCUGCCAUUCCUGUUGAUGGAAAAGAGGGCCCAGCAGAUUUUUGUGUGAUAGAGUUGGGAGGGACUGUAGGUGACAUCGAAUCAAUGCCAUUUAUCGAGGCUUUGCGACAAUUGUCUUUCUCAGUUGGGCAAGACAACUUUUGUCUCAUUCAUGUGAGCCUUAUUCCAGUUUUGGGUGUGGUUGGUGAGCAAAAAACUAAGCCAACCCAACAUAGCGUACGAGAAUUGAGGGCAUUAGGCUUGACUCCUCACCUUUUAGCAUGUCGAUCAGCUCAGCCUUUGUUGGAAAAUACGAAGGAGAAACUUUCACAGUUUUGCCAUGUCCCAGCUGGGAAUAUUCUCAAUAUUCAUGAUGUUCCAAACAUCUGGCAUGUUCCUCUAUUACUUCAGAAUCAAAAUGCUCACUAUGCGAUUCUUAAACAGCUGAACUGUCUUAACACUGCUACAGCUCCUGAUUUACAAGAGUGGACGAAGAGAGCAGAGACAUAUGAUAAUCUCACGAACUCUGUAAGAAUUGCAAUGGUUGGCAAAUAUAUUGGCCUAACGGAUUCAUAUUUGUCUGUUGUGAAGGCGCUCCUGCAUGCCUGCAUUUCAUGCUCUUUGAAGCCAUCAGUUGAUUGGAUUGCGGCUUCUGACCUUGAAGAUGAAAGUUCAAAAUUGACACCAGAAGCUCAUGCUGCUGCAUGGGAGACUCUAAAGACUGCAGCAUGUGUCUUGGUUCCUGGUGGAUUUGGAGAUCGUGGCAUCAAAGGAAUGAUACUGGCUGCAAAAUAUGCGAGAGAGAAUCGUGUUCCCUAUCUUGGGAUUUGCUUGGGAAUGCAGAUUUCUGUCAUUGAGUUUGCUAGAUCUGUUUUGUGUUUGAGCAAAGCAAACAGCACAGAAUUUGAUGAGAGCACACCUGAUCCUGUUGUAAUUUUCAUGCCAGAGGGCUCCAGGACACAUAUGGGAAGUACAAUGAGACUAGGAUCUCGAAGAACAUUUUUCCAGACUCCUGACUGUAUUACUUCUAAGCUAUACCAUCAUUCCGAGUAUGUGGACGAGCGUCACCGGCAUAGAUAUGAGGUAAACCCUGAUGUAGUUGACAAGCUAGAAGAAGCUGGCCUAAAAUUUGUAGGAAAGGAUGACAGUGGAAAGAGAAUGGAGAUUUUAGAACUUCCAAGUCAUCCAUUCUAUGUGGGAGUGCAGUUUCAUCCAGAAUUCAAGUCACGACCUGGGCGGCCUUCUGCUCCAUUUCUAGGUCUCAUACUGGCAGCAACAGGACAGUUGGAAGCAUAUAUUAACAAGUAUCAAAACGGAAGUUAACAUAAACUUGGUGCUCUCUCACUAUCUAGCUCAUUCUUUAGAAGAGAAAAUCACAUCGAAGACAUACAGCUAGGCAUAUGCAGAGUAAGGCAUAUGGAACUCAACUAUAAAAGGUGGAAAAUGGGUCCUUAAGGAGGUUGAAUGCCAAACUACAUGCGCUAUGUACUUUCCUCUGCACCAAGUUACUACCUUACUCUGAUUCUAAUUUUUGGAUUGGCAUGAUUAAACAUCACCCUUUUGAUUCCUUCUAUUUGGACACAACUUGUCUGCGAAAGAAAAUUUUGGGAUUGUGUUAAAAGUAUUUGCUAUACAGCUACUGGUAGGAACUGAAUAGUUCCACAUUUUUUGAGUUAUAUCAAUAGCCAACAAUAUCUGGCCUUUGUUUC